UCCCUGCAGUCUCCAAACGUCCACAACUACCCCGAUAUGGAAGCUGUUCCCCUGUUGCUAAAUAAUGUGAAAGGGGAGCCCCCAGAGGACUCAUUGCCUGUAGAUCACUUCCAGACACAAACUGAGCCAGUGGACUUGUCAAUCAACAAAGCCAGGACCUCCCCUACCGCAGUUUCAUCCUCCCCAGUCUCCAUGACAGCGUCUGCCUCCUCACCUUCUUCAACUUCAACCUCUUCAUCAUCUUCUAGUCGUCCAGCCUCAUCCCCCACUGUUAUAACAUCAGUAUCUUCAGCAUCGUCUUCGUCAACAGUGUUAUCUCCAGGACCCCUUGUUGCCUCUGCAUCUGGUGUGGGCGGCCAGCAGUUUUUGCACAUCAUUCAUCCUGUCCCACCUUCCAGUCCCAUGAACUUACAGUCUAACAAACUCAGUCAUGUUCAUCGAAUCCCUGUGGUGGUACAGUCAGUGCCGGUUGUCUACACCGCUGUACGGUCACCUGGAAAUGUGAACAACACUAUCGUUGUGCCGCUCCUGGAGGAUGGGAGAAGCCAUGGCAAAGCACAAAUGGACCCCCGAGGCCUAUCUCCCAGACAAAGUAAAAGUGACAGUGACGAUGAUGACCUGCCAAAUGUGACCUUAGAUAGCGUUAAUGAAACUGGAUCCACGGCCCUUUCCAUAGCCAGAGCAGUCCAAGAGGUACAUCCAUCCCCAGUAUCCAGGGUUCGGGGAAACCGAAUGAAUAACCAGAAGUUUGCUUGUUCAAUCUCACCAUUUAGUAUUGAGAGCACAAGACGCCAGAGACGAUCAGAAUCCCCGGACUCCAGGAAGCGGCGCAUCCACAGAUGUGACUUUGAAGGAUGCAACAAAGUAUACACAAAAAGUUCUCACCUGAAGGCACACCGGAGAACACACACAGGAGAGAAGCCCUACAAAUGCACGUGGGAAGGCUGCACCUGGAAGUUUGCCCGCUCGGAUGAACUGACCAGGCAUUACCGCAAACACACGGGAGUGAAGCCAUUCAAGUGCGCAGACUGUGACCGCAGCUUCUCCAGGUCAGACCACCUGGCGCUGCACCGCAGGAGGCACAUGCUGGUGUGAGGAAGGCUCCCGUCCAGCUGCGCGUAAGAGCUGGGUCUCUUCAGGAGCGACUAACUCAGCAGGGUGGAGCCCCCUCUACAGUGUUAACGUCAAGGUCACCGCCAUCCCCACGGUGCCUGAAACCAGAGCAGGAACAAGAAGGAACCCUUCUCCUUUCAGCCUGAAGGUAACCCCCCACCAUGACCACGCACGCGCGCGGGAGACCUGUCUGCCUGCCAGCACGCCGGCCUGGGAGUUGAGCGCCUCAGGUCCUGAAGAGACAGGCAUUGUUUUUCAUGCUGUGUCCUCUGCCAUUGAAAAGAGGUUUGUAGCUUGUCCAUUUUCCGAGCUGGCCGACACUCUGCUAUCAAUCCCUUAAAGGUCAUCGACCGCAAAUUGAUGGUUAGAGAAGACCUCUGUUUGGAUGUUUCUUCCGUGGCACCUCCCCCAGCCCAGACCCUUUAGACCAAAAUUACAGUUCCUAUCUCAGUAAGCCAGAACACACAUCCAGUCUGUUACCAGCAAGCAGCAUGAACUAGAAAGGAAGGGCCUGUUGGAGAUGCUCCAUGGCCCGAAAAGAAAGGCACACAGAAAGAGCCCUCUGUGCUGGCCAUGGCGCGCUAGAUAGCACUCACAUCUUGUCCUCACGCCAUCCCCGAAGAGAACCAACAUUGAGUCUUUUCAUCUGUUUGUCGGUGCUUGUUUUUGUUCCGUUUCGGUUUUGUUUUGUUCAUCUGUUCCAGCAGAGGGGCAGAGCAGUUUCUCCAAGGCUAGUCCUGCUCUGCCCUGGCAUGGACUGGCAGAGGUGUUCUGUAGUUGAAUAGGAAGAGCCUGUCUAAAAAUAAUAGCAACAAUAAUAAUAAUAACUACUGCCCCACUUCCAAUUGCAGUGUUCUGUCACCUAGGCACCCUCUCUUCCUGCCCUGAGUGUUUGAUUACAAGGAGCCCAAGGGGAGGGGGACUUUCUUAGACACACUGGCACCGAGGUAAGAGGUGGGGCUGCCCAUGGAAAGUCAGUGAACAUGAAAACGAGACAAAACAGAGAUGGAAAUAAUGCUCCUCUUGAGGAGAAAAGCAAUAAUGAAUAGAAGGACUUUCCUACAAUAACUCCACUGAGGACUCACGUUACCAAUUUUCAUACUUACUAAAGGAAUUGUAAAAAACACCCCAGCAUUUCAGAUGUCUUAGUUACAUCCACAGCACUGAGGUAAUCCUUCUGCUGUUUGUUGUCCUACUUGCGCGAGUACCACAAUUAAAGAUUAUGCUCCCCCUUUCUCGUUUGAAAACAGUUAUUUGGCGACUAGAUAGGCAGAGCUGAAGAUUAACUCU